AAAAAUUAACUAAGUCUGGGUAAAUAAAUUAAAAAAAAUGCAGAGGGGAGACAUGAAAAAAAUGGCAGUAGCUAGCGUGAUGUGUGGCACGUGUGAAGGCAAAUGAAUGGACAGAAUGGUCAUUUUGGGUAACAAGUUGAAGUUGCCAUGGUGACAGCUUUGAAGUUGAAGCCAGUAGUAUACAGAGAGUUGAGCGGAAAAGGCUAUUAAACAGAUGGCAAGUGAGAGCAACCACUUCUCCCAAAUCCUAGACUCCUUUAACAACCUCCUAAACGGCUCACAAGAUUUCACCAAUGCAACCAUCAACACUUUGGGAAUUCGAGAUUCCUUUAACAACCGUGGAUCAGGCUCACAAGUUUUCAAGGAUUCACUCAUUCGCUGUGCCAACCGCACCCACGGAAUUCAUAACUCCUUCAUUUGAACAGUAAAUUUGAAGCGAGAGACUUGAGCAACAUGGCAAGUGAGAGCAAUGGUUUUGGGCAACAACGUUCCUCUGCUAAUACCAGUGGCUUACGUGUUCUCGGUUUCUCCCGAAGAAUAGGCUCCUUUAUAAACAACAACAACGAAGAAAACUCACAAGUUUUCACGGAUGCAUGGAUCAGGGACCACUUCUCCCAAAUCCUAUACUGCUUUAACAACCUCAAAAACGGCUUACAAGAUUUCACCAGGGCAACGAUCUACAGUUUGAGAAUUGGAGAUUCCUUUAACAACCUCGAAAACGGCUUACAAGAUUUCACCAGGGCAGAGAUCGAGAGUUUGGGAAUUCGAGAUUCCUUUAACAACGGUGGAUCAGGCUCACAAGUUUUCAAGGAUGGACUCAUUCGCUGUGCCAACCGCACCCACGGAAUUCAUAACUUCUUCAACCACGCCGGCAACUGGGCUGCAAAUCUUUUACCAGGGUCUGUCACCCGCUCCAUCUCUUUCCAGAACCCCGCCGAAUUCAUUGUAUCUCUUUUACCAGAGUCUGUCCCCCACUCCGGAAUUCAUCACUCCUUCAACUGCCCCAACGGAUCCCAAAAUUUGAAGGGUGCCCGCAUUACUGUUUAAGGGUGAUUUAUAUCAUGAAGUUGAAGAUGUUGUUGGUGAGGCCUAGUACUUGCAAUUGGGAUUAUCUUUUUUUGUCAUGUUUUGAGAUAAUUAUUAAUUUUUUUUGUAAUAGAUUUCAUUGGGAUUUUAGUUGAUUUUGUUUUGUUGAAAACGUGAUACCUUUUAUAUUGAACAUGCUAAAAUUUAUUUAUGAAGGACCUUUCUAUUUAGUUUUAAUGAUUUGUGUGUUAUAUAAUAUGCGGGUUAGAGGGUGUCACAAUUGUAACGUCAUGGAAAUACCGAGCUAUUUGAUAGAUAUACUCUAUAUAUUUAUGUAUGUAUGUAUGCAUGUAUGUAUAUGUUGUUUAUAUGGAUUUGGAUUGGAUUAUGGAGAUGUGAAUUUGAAAUGUACUUACCUCUAUGCAUGUUGUAUGCUGAUGUGAUUUUGAUUAGUUGUUUAAGCAUGGUAGUGAUUUUAUAGUAUGAAAUGAGAGGUUAAUGUUUUGAGAGGUUUAUAUCGGCAUGUGUGUGCAUGAAUUUGGUGAAUGAUGCAUUGUACACCAUUAUACUGAAUUGGUACUAAGAGGGAAGAAGACUGAUCACCUUCCUUCGCAUCUUAGUUAAGUGAAGUAUUAUGACAUGCAACUCAUUAUUCCAAGCAUAUGUAUCUGAAAGUGAUGUUUGUUUGUGUGUUAAUACAUGUUGCAUUUCAUAUGGUGGUGAGUUGUGCGUAUUGCAUGAAAAGGAAUAUGAUGGGUAGGAGAUUGAAGGAUAUGAACAUAAGAUAAAUCCGGUCUUUCUGAGUGAAUUUGAGGUUGUUUUAGAGCUUAGGGAGUUGAAAUAAUUCAAGGAAUAGAAUAUUUGAGGUAAAUAGUUGCUAAGGGUGAAAUUUGAAAAUUUUAGAAAAUGACUAUAUAUAGGGACUUAGGACCGGAGGGUCUCAUUUGUC